AUGGAGGGAAAGGAAAGUGUACAAAUUGCGGAGGAAGAGGCUGUGCCGGUCCCUACUUCAUGUGACACUCAGACCACCAAGACCACCCAGGACAGCUACAUCGAACCGGCACAGGUGGCGCUACCAUUUAGUGAGAGUGAGGAGGAUGAUGUGGAGACGGCGCCUGCGCACGAGGGAUCCGAAGACUGCGCUUGCCUGUCACCGACGGAUGCGCCCGAGCUGACCUGUGCCGCGCAUGCGUACAGAGAACCUGGAAAGCACUGGGGCUUCCUCUUACGUUCUUGGUGUUUAGGAUUAGGCGCACUAUUUGUAUACAGCUCCGUUAACCCCUUGGGGGGACUAGACGAGGACAUGGACAGUAACGAAGCGUUUUAUGAGCAGCUGCGGCUCCAGCAACUGUACGAAAGUCGUAAGACUGAGGACGGACAGGACCCGUUCAUCUACAAGGACCCCAGUGAUGGCACCGAGUAUGAAUGGGACCUGGAGAAGAAAGCUUGGUUCCCUAAGAUAAGUGAAGAUUUUCUGGCGAUGUAUCAUGCAAAUUAUGGGUACAAUCCUCCUGAGAUUCCCGAGCCUUCCCAACCCCCAAAGAAAGUGGAAGAAAAGCCAAAGACAGACCCCAAACCUCAACCAGAACAGACUGAACAGAAAUCAAAGGGAGAGAAGAGGAAAGCUGAUCCAGGUUGGUUCAAUGUGGAAGAUGAAAGAAACACAAAUGUGUACGUCACAGGGCUGCCUCCUGAUAUUACACAGGAUGAAUUUAUCGAGACAAUGUCUAAAUACGGCAUUAUCAUGCGAGAUCCAGUGAGCGAAGACUUUAAAGUAAAGCUGUAUAAGGAUAAAGAAGGGAAUCUGAAGGGAGAUGGCUUGUGCUGUUACCUCAAGAAAGAAUCUGUACAACUAGCUUUGAGGCUUCUGGAUGAGUAUGAGAUCAGGGGGUACAAACUUCAUGUUGAAAGUGCUACAUUCCAGCUGAAGGGGGCAUAUGAUGCAACAAAGAAGAAGAAGAAGUGUAAGGACUACAAGAAGAAGUUGUCUCUCCAGAAAAAACAACUAGAUUGGAGGCCUGAGAAGAAAAUUGAAACGAGGAAGCGUUUCGAGAGAGUUAUUAUUAUCAGAAAUAUGUUCCAUCCCAAAGACUUUGAGGAGGAUCCUCUUGUACUGAAUGAAAUCCGUGAAGAUCUCCGGUCAGAAUGUGAAAAGUUUGGGCAAGUGAAGAAAAUCCUUAUCUAUGAUCGGCAUCCAGAUGGAGUUGCAUCAGUAUCGUUUAAAGAGGCAGAAGAAGGUGAUGCUUGUAUACUUGCUCUCAAUGGGAGGUGGUUUGGUGGUCGGCAGCUAGAUGUUCAAACCUGGGAUGGUGUGACAGAUUAUCAGGUUGAAGAAACAUCUCGAGAAAGAGAAGAGCGCCUCCAGGGCUGGGAGAACUUCCUGCAGGUUGAUCAGAAAACAAAACCUGCAGAUGUGAGUGAUGAAAAGUCGGCACCUGUAAAUAAUGGACAAUCUGAAAACAAAGAAGACAUCAGAACAGAACCAGCACAUGAUACAGACAGUAUCCAGCAGCAGCCGCAGCCAGGAUGUCCUGAGGCUAAACUGGUUGAUGAUGAUGCUGCAACCACAGACAGCAGUAUUGGCAACAGUGAUGAUGAGGACGGGGAAGAACAAUCGUAGAACGGCUUGUUUUUUAUAUGGCUGCUAGUUGCCGUGUCAUCUGCUGUUAGGGUGAUUUCAUUGUGGUACAUGCUGACUGUUUGCUACUUUAAUAUUUGAUUGAUUCAUUUUAUGUAAUUACUACAUUGUAUUUUGUUUUUGUUUUUUUUCCAAAAAACAAGUUUAACAGAUCUAGGUAUACUAGACAAACACUUCUCUCCCACCUUUUGCAAGUUCAUUUCAUAGCAGCAUAAUUUCAAGGACAAAAGGGCCACACAUUGGGCGAAACAGCUUUUGCGGAUGCAACCUGGAUUUCAUGGGUGCUGUAAAGUCUUUUACUUGCUCUGAAUUAUGUAGUGAACUCCCAACAAUUGUCCACUUCCCAUGCAUCUCAAUCUAGUUUCUUAGGAAAAUUUGUAAGCAGAUGACACAUUUCUGCGAAUCCCACAUAGAGAAGCAGAGAAUUACAAUGGUGCUUAUCCUCAUGUGUAUCUGCUACAGGUCCUUCCACUCAUCCACUGCAGAAAAAAGGUCAGCCUCAGAUUUUUGCAACAGAAACACAUGCUAGAUUUUAAUCCGAUGUGUGAACAUACUCUAACACAGAAACUGUGCAUUGAAGAUUGUCCAUUAAAGUGGAUGAUCAUCCAAAACUGUUAUUUUCUCAGUAAGUAGUCCACAGUAAAAUUCUAUUUUGGCAUAACUACUAAGUGAUGUAAAUGUGUGUAUGUGUGUAAUAUAUAUAUAUAUUUGCACAAAAUCGAAAUUUACAGUACUACAUCUAGCACAUAACCUGUUAACUAUUGAAAGUGAGAAGUAUAUAAAGAAAUCUGUAUCCCCAGUCCUCCUUACUGACGUGUUUAGUGGUAGGACAGCUGUCUGCAGCAGGUGCCUCCCCCUUCUGUCCCGUCUACAGAGUAAAACGUUAAGACCCAACUCCUCAACCCCUUUGUUCUUUACAGAAUUUUAACAAAGACUAUUUGUUUCAGAGGCAUGCAGAAGAUUGUGCAGAUUGACAAACAGUGUAUCAUUUCUAUUCUUAGUGUUUCUUUACAUGAACGAGUAUAAGCUGCAUUGCCACACACAACCUAUGAACAAAAACAAAGCAAAUCCUGUUUCCUAAUCUUACACAGCCACUUUACAAAGAACUGAGACGUUUAUUUGACAGAUGCCAAAGGAGUUUGAGUGGUUUAGGCUUUAUUCGCACAUCAUGGUCAUAUUGUGGAUUUUUCUAUAAUUUAUGUGAAAAC